UAUUUUGGAAUGCCCUGCCAAGUAAUUUGGAUGCUGGGCUCACUGGUAUUCUUUUUUUCACAUUUCUUUUGUAACUUGAGUACAAUUGAAGAUAGUCACCAAAAAUCUUUUCUAAACCUAACUUCAGUCUAUUUGAUAUCUGUAGUACUGGUCUUUGAUAUAUUUCUGAUUGCUUGAUAAAAUAAUUCAACGGUUGCAUAUUACAUUCAAUAUUUUGCUUCUGU